AUGAUGCUAAGAUAUCAAACAAACACGAGCGGCGAAUAUGCCAAAGCCAAAGAGUGUUUUAAAAAAGCGUUGGAAAUUCAACAAAAAUCACUUGGUCCUGAACAUGUUGAUGUAGCUACGACUUUAAACAAACUUGGUAGAGUAUAUUAUGAGACCAUCAAAUAUGACAAAGCCAAAGACUGUUAUAAAAAAGCGUUAGAAAUUCGAAAAAAAUCACUAGGUCGUGAACAUGUUGAAGUAGCUACGACUUUAAACAAUCUUGGUAGGGUGUAUUAUGAGACCAACAAAUAUGCAAAAGCCAAAGAGUGUUAUGAAAAAGCGUUGGAAAGUCAACAAAAAUCACUUGGUCCUGAACAUGUUGAAGUGGCUACGACUUUAAACAAACUUAGUAGGUUGUAUUAUGAGACCAAAAAAUAUGACAAAGCCAAAGAGUGUUAUGAAAAAGUGCUAGAAAUUCAACAAAAAUCACUUGGUCCUGAACAUGUUGAUGUAGCUAUGACUUUAAACGAUCUUGGUGGGGCGUAUUAUGAGACCAACAAAUAUGACAAAGCCAAAGAGUGUUAUGAAAAAACGUUAGAAAUUCAAAAAAAACUACUAGGUCCUAAACAUGUUGAAGUAGCUAUGACUUUAAACAAUCUUGGUAGGGUGUAUUAUGAGACCAACAAAUAUGACAAUGCCAAAGAGUGUUAUGAAAAAGUGUUAGAAAUUAAACAAAAAUCACUUGGUCCUGAACAUGUUGAUGUAGCUAUGACUUUAAACGAUCUUGGUGGGGCGUAUUAUGAGACCAACAAAUAUGACAAAGCAAAAGAGUGUUAUGAAAAAGCGCUGGAAAUACGACAAAAAUCACUUGGUCCUGAACAUGUUGAUGUAGCUACGACUUUAAACUAUCUUGGUUAUUUAAAUCUUUGUACUAAGGAAUAUGACAAAGCAGAAGAAUUUCACAAUAAAGCCUUGGAAAUUCAACAAAAAUCACUUGGUCCUGAACAUGUUGAUGUAGCUAAGACAUCUAACAAACUUGGUAGGGUGUAUUAUGAGACCAACAUAUAUGACAAAGCCGAAAAGUGUUAUGAAAAAGCGUUAGAAAUUCAACAAAAAUCACUUGGUCCUGAACAUGUUGAUGUAGCUACGACUUUAAACCAUAUUGGUUCUUUAAAUCUUUGUACUAAGGAAUAUGACAAAGCAAAAGAAUUAUUUGAAAAAGCGCUGGAAAUUCGACAAAAAUUACUAGGUCCUGAACAUGUUGAAGUAGCUACGACUUUCAACUAUCUUGGUGAGAUGUAUUAUUACACUAAAGAAUAUGAAAAAGCCAAGGAAUUUUACGAAAAAGCAUUGGAAACUCAACAAAAAUCACUUGGUCCU